AAAAUGUUACGACGGAUUCCUGCGCCGAAAAAAACCCACUCGAGCCUCUCCUCUCCUCUCGAUCUCACUCCCUUCCUCGAGCUUCUUCCUCCGCGCCACAUCCAACUGCGAGGUAUCCGGCAUCGACGAGCUUCUGGCGCGCGAUUGGAGAGCACCUCCUGGUCUUCUCGUGUGGUUGAGCAUCUCGUCUCGUGUGGCCGAGUUCUUCUCCCAGUGACUGCGGAUCUGGUUAAUUGAGAUCUGCUGCUCCUUCUCCGCGAGAUCCAGGCGAUCCUUUCCCAAUUAUAUUGGGAUUUGAGCUACCAAGCAGGGAAGGUCAAGUUGCCAAGUAAGGAAGGCUAAGCUAGGAAGGUCGAGCUGUCAAGCAGGGAGGCCGAGUUGCUGAGUAGAGAAAGUCGAGCUAGAAACCGAGUAGGGAAGGUCGAGUUAUCGAUCACUUGGCAAGCUGAACUGCCAAGUGAAUCGUGAGGUUGAAUCGGGAUUUUACAUAGAUACAACUGCCCAACCACAUUCAUAACCAAAUAAUAUUUGUUCGUGGCGGAAUGAACGUGUACCCAAAUGCUAUCAUUGGGAACAAGAGGAUUGGAUUUCUACUGCUCAGGGAAGUCUCUAUUUAUAGGCUCAAAAUCCAUUAAUCCUACCAUAUAAUGACUAUUGCUCGACCAUUAUUUGCCUUGCUUGCUUGGAACACCAACAAUUGACGAUUAAUGUUGGCCAUUCUAGGCAACAACAAUUAAUGUGCCCAUUUCAGGUUUGAAGUGGCAGGAAAACAAUUUUGAGUGGCAAAAUGUUGGCUGGGCUGCUUGGGUAAUUUUUUACCUGACAUUCAAUGAUCGACCUGACAUUCAACGCAUUGGUCGUUCUCUUACAUUAGUCAACGAGGCUGUCCAAGAGAUUUAUGGUACCAUGGCCCCUGCUCAAUCUUUGUCUGAUGCCAAUGAACAAGGUAAAUCUGACGUGUCAGUAAAAUCAGAGAACAAGGAUUUUGCAGACACAAAAGAGGCUGUAGGUUUUUGUUCAGAUAAUGGUGAAGAUGGCAUACUCUGUGAUGGUUCCUUGAAAGACACAGCCAGGGAUGUAGAUGUCCUGGACGAAAGAAAACUGAACCACAUUUUAAAAUCUGAGAAAUUGGUGUUGGUGGAUGACAAAGAUGCAUCAGGAUUGUUGUGUACAAACAAAGGUGAAGACGUUGAUUAUUGUGUUGGAUCCUCUACUUCCUUGAAUAAGGUUGACAAUGACGUGGAUCAGGAAAUUGACAUUGUCAGUUGCACAGAAGGCAUUGAUAGCAAGACAGUGAAUUUUGAUGACCCAGAUGCAACUGAGUAUUCGAGCUCUUUUGGGGACACUUUCUCAGGCUUAAAGAGUGAGAUGAAGCAGGAGAAUGGGGAUAUGGAAGUUGAUUCACCGUUUGUUCCUUCAAAUGGGGAUCCCACUGGAUUGGAUGCGCUUAAUAGGGAUUUUAGGAAGAAGAAAGUGAAUGCCCAAUGGAGAAAAUGUAUCAGUCCUCUAUUGUGGAGAUGCCAAUGGUUAGAGUUGCGCAUGAAACAAUUAUUCUCGCAAGCUUCAAUGUAUGAUAAGGAGCUUGCUUCAUACAAGCAUGAAAAAGAACUUCAGUCGAAGAUUAUUGAGUUAGAUACUUCUGGCUCUAGAUCAGUUCCCUUCCCAUCUCGAAACAAUCAGAAAAGAGUCAUGAAAAGGAGAAAAAGGAAAAGAACAGAAGAUAAAGUUGACAUAUCGUCAUAUAUGUCAAAUCAUGUUGUAUUUUCUUACUAUGAGAAUAGGAGAACUGAUACAGAUGGCCACUCAGUUGAUGAUUGUGGUGAAGAUGACAACAUCAUAGGCAAUGAUGAUAAUGAGUGGUUGCUUGGCUUGAAAGGCGGCGAUGGUUCCCUUGAACAAGUUCUUUUGAACAUUGAAUCUGUUCAAUCUCGAAUUGUGACGUUGAAGACUCAGCUCAACAAUGUAAUGGGCAGAGAUGUAAGAGCUCGAUCAGAUGCCAAUUUAUUUCUGGGAGAUCCACCCGUGAGUUUUCUGCAAAAUGUUACUGGUGGAGGUACAUUGUCAACUCGGUUGCCAGGUACACCACCACACCAUGAAUCUGAAUGUGAGACGGAGGCGGUUAUGCCUGUGAGUGAAGGCUCAAGCUAUGGCUUGUUGUCUGCUGGUGAUGUAACCCUCGAUCAGCACCACAGGAGAGACUUGUGCAAAGACAAUGAAGAAGAUGUGCUGAUUGAUAACCAAGUAGCUGAGGAAGAAUAUCAGAACUUUGAGAAUGCCAGUCAUGAAACUGAUAAGCUUGAGGAUAUGGAAAAGUCAAACAGCGAGAUCCAUUCCGGCAACGAAAGUACUGCACCGAUGGUGCCAGUGCGAGAAGCAAGUCAACCAGAAACUAAUAUUGAAAUGCCAUCGCAAACAGUUCUGAAGCCCUGCUACACCGGUAAAAGGAGAGGACGAAAGCCCAAGAAAAAAAAGAGGCAAGCCCGUUUGGUUGCUGCUCUGCCUCAACCAAAGAGUAAGAAGCUUCAUGUAUCUAGUUCUUCAAGGAGCAGCAGGGCUCAUACUCGUGGUCCUUCUAAGACUGAGAAGCUUCUGGCUUCAAGCCCUAAACUCUGGAGGAGUGAGAGGCUUAAGCUGCGAAGAUUGGCUGGCAAGAAGACAUGAGUGUGUUGAGACUUCAGGUCCCUUGAGGCUACGUGCCAAGACCGACUGGCAAAAAAAAAAAAACACAAGUUAGUGUUCGACUGUACAUCCAUUGACUCGACUGUACAUUCAUUAACUGAACAAAAGUUGUAUGAUACGACUACCCUUGGUUA